AUGUUCACAACUGAACACUAUUUCCCAAAAGACGAACCAGGCUUCAGUGCGCCAAUAGCAAACGUGACAGCACCGCUGGGUCGUGAAGCGAUCCUCGCGUGCACCGUGCACAACCUCUCGACCUACAAGGUCGCCUGGCUGAGAGUGGACACGCAGACUAUUCUCACGAUCCACACGCACGUCAUUUCACGAAGUCGAAGAGUGGGAGUCACCCACAGCGAUCAUCGAACCUGGUUCCUGCACAUCAGAGAGCUCCGAGAGACAGACAGAGGGUGGUACAUGUGUCAGAUUAACACUGACCCCAUGAAGAGUCAGCUCGGAUACUUGGAUAUCGUUGUGCCGCCAGAUAUUCUGGACCGUGGAACAAGUACAGAUCAGACGGUGCGAGAAGGUGCUCCGAUAAGUUUGACAUGCGCAGCUACUGGUUCACCGCAGCCACAAAUCACCUGGCGAAGAGAGCAUCCCAAAGGCACCAAGGCUAUUACCAUCGCUGAUGGAAUACAAGUAACAUCGUAUGAAGGACCUGUACUUAACAUAAGUCGGGUGACAAGACAACAUGCAGGCGCAUACCUAUGUAUCGCCUCCAAUGGUGUUCCACCUACUCCAAGCAAGAGAAUCAUGCUCACCGUACAGUUUCCACCGGUGAUAACAAUAAGAAACCAGUUGGUAGGCGCAGCGCUUGGCAGUGAAUUGGUUCUGGAGUGUGAGACUGAGGCGUACCCUAAGCCAGUUAGCUACUGGAGUCGAGAUAAUGGUGAUAUAGUUCCUGUCGGGGGAAGCCUGGAGCCGCAGAAGAUAGAUGGAUCAUAUCGAUCAAUGCUGCGGCUCGCCAUAAGGAGGGUUGCGAGCUCUGAUUAUGGGACCUACAAGUGUGUUUCUAAAAAUUCCCUGGGUGACACCGAGGGUACCAUUAAAUUAUAUCGUGAGUAA